GAUUCUUACUUUCUCUCUCUAAACCCAUUCCACACCCUACACAGUUUCUCUCUCUAGAUCUCACCCCUUAUCCCACUUCCACCUCAUUCACAUCCUCGAGGGUCUAAACCAUGUGUACCUCUUGCAAGCACAUAUUUUUUCUCUCUCUCUAAAACCAGUCUUUUAGAGGUACCUUCACUCUCUCACUAGAAUGGGAAAGUACUGAUAAUUCUAGAGAGAGAGAGAGGAUGAAGAUCCAGUGUGAUGUGUGUGAGAAGGCUUGUGCUUCAGUGAUAUGUUGUGCAGAUGAGGCUGCACUGUGCACAGAGUGUGACAUUGAAGUACAUGAAGCCAACAAGCUUGCAAGCAAACACCAGAGACUCCAUCUCCACUUCAUCUCCAACCAGCUACCACGCUGUGAUAUUUGCCAGGAAAAACCGGCAUUCAUAUUUUGCGUCGAGGACCGUGCACUUUUCUGUCGGGAUUGCGACGAGCCCAUACACACCACAGGUAGUCUGAGUGGCAACCACCAACGGUUUCUAGCAACAGGAAUAAGGGUGGCACUUGCCUCUGCAUCGAAGGACACAUCGGUGCCCAUUGUCCCUGAGCCACCGAGCCGAAAUUCCCAAAAAGUGGCUGAAAAAGAACUCCAAGUGCACGCGCCCAGCGCCUAUGCAUCUCCGUCAUGGCCGGAUGAUGAGCUACUACAACUGUCAGAUUUCGACGCGAACGAUAAGAGAGAAUGCAUUGGAUUUGGAGGGCUAGAUUGGAUGGAAGACAUUGGGCUUUUCAAUGAGGAUGUACCACAUGAGAGCUUUGGUGCUGCACAGGUGCCUGAAAUAUCAAAUUUUAACAAUGCAAGGCCUCCAACCUCCAAGUCCUUGGUGUCUCUCAAGAAACCAAGGCUAGAAAUUCCUCAGCAAGAGGAGGAUUACUUCACUGUCCCUGACCUAGGGGACAUCCAUACUUAGGAGUUUUUAUGCAUAUCCAUAUGGGGUGUACGAUACUCUUGUUUCACUAAGGCACAUAUAUACUUCAGUUUUUAUGCAUGUAUAUCCAAACUUGGGUUUCUAUGGAUUUGUGUUAUUUAUAUUCCUAAUCUAUAAAUUUAGGGUUUGGGGUCUCUAUUUAUCA